GGUUAAGUUAUAGUCAUUGCAGCUUCUGGAAAGGUGUAGAACAUGAAGGGAUUCAGAAGUCUGGUGGUAACAACCUUGACUCUUUUCCUGGUGUUUUCUUUCAUGGGAAAUUCCAACAGUGCUCCGCAGAGACUCUUUGAGAGAAGGAACUGGACUCCUCAAGCUAUGCUCUACCUGAAGGGUGCACAGGGGCGCCGCUUCAUCUCCGACCAGAGCCGGAGGAAGGACCUCGCCGACCGGCCGCCGGCCGAAAGACGAAACCCAAAUCCCCAACUACUAACUCUUCCAGAGGCAGCAGCUGUGCUAUUGGCUUCCUUGCAGAAGCUGCAAGAAGCUGGAGAAGAAAACUUUGAUCAAACCAGAUUCCUAGAAGAUAAUCUGCUAAACUGGUGAAAAUAUACCAGAUUCCAUUCAAUUAUAGUUCUGUUCUUGUUGAAAACAUGAACCAUGUGAAUAAUGCCUGUGGACCCUUUUUAUCUUCAUUUGUAAUCUUAGGAACAUGUGCAGCCAGUUUUAUUCUUUCAGAAGCUAAAGUGAUGUUGAGUUCUUAGUGAGAACAUUGUUGCUUUCUUCCAUUGCUUCAGGUUCUGUUUAGAUUGCCUUGUGUCUUACUCUUGAAUUUUUUAGCCCAUUUAUAAUUAUUAGGUUGAAGACUCUUUAGAGUGUUCUUUCGUUUUGUGACAACAAAUACCCAUCUUGAUCUAAUCAUUCUUAGUUGUUUUUUUUCAUUUUGUUACCCAUUUGCACUGUCUUAUCACUCAGCAGAGAAUCUCCUCUCCUUUUCCCCCUUUUCUC